AUGAUUGUACCAGUAGCAAUAGCUUUGACAGUGGGUCUUCUAGGAUGGGCUUAUCAAGCACUAAAGCCUCCCCCUCCGAAAAUAUGCGGAUCGCCUGGUGGUCCUCCUGUUACUUCACCAAGAGUGAAGCUCAGUGAUGGUAGGCAUUUGGCCUACAGGGAGUUUGGAGUUCCAAAAGAAGAGGCAAAACACAAGAUCAUUGUCGUUCAUGGCUUUGAUAGUUCCAGAGAUUUGAGUUUACCUAUUCCUCAAGAACUUGUAGAGGAGUACAGAAUAUAUUUCCUGUUCUUCGACAGAGCAGGCUAUGGAGAGAGUGAUCCAUAUCCAUCGCGUUCUGUCAAGAGUGAAGCAUUCGAUAUUCAAGAGCUCGCGGACAAGUUGCAGAUUGGGUCUAAGUUUUAUGUAAUCGGAAUCUCAAUGGGAGCUUACCCUGUUUGGGGUUGCUUGAAAUACAUACCACACAGAUUGUGUGGAGCUUCCCUGGUAGUUCCUUUUGUGCACUACUGGUGGCCUUGUGUUCCUGCUAAUAUAUCAAGAGAGAGCCUCAGCACUCUCCCCGUAUCAGAUCAACGGGCGUUCCGAGUUGCACAUUACGCCCCUUGGUUAUUCCAUUGGUGGAUGACUCAGAAAUUUUUCCCUUCACUAAGUGUCUUGUGUGGAAAUACCUCAGUUUUCAGCCGUACAGAUUUAGAGAUGCUGAAGAAACUCUCAGAAGCACCAAGUGUUGGUCAGGAGAAGAAAACACAGCAAGGAGUCCACGAAUCUCUGUACCGAGACAUACUGGCUGGCUAUGCAAAGUGGGAAUUCGACCCAUCGGACCUGAAAAAUCCAUUCCCUGACAAUGAGGGCGCAGUUCACAUUUGGCGAGGCUGUGAAGACAAGAUCAUUCCUCAUAAACUAAACCGCUAUAUUGCAGAGAAGCUUCCCUGGGUUCAUUAUCAUGAAGUUCCUGGUUAUGGCCAUUUGCUUUUUCUUGAGAGUCAUCUAUGUGAAGCUAUUUUAAAAGCACUUGUGCUUGGAGAAUAA